GAUUGGUUGUAACCAGCUGUGGUGUGUGUGAUGUGGGGGAGGACUAUAUCAGUGUUGGUGGAACAUCCUGCUGUGCAGACCCCUGCCUGCACUACACCGUACUUAAUGACGACUGGCGUGCCACCAACAACAAUGCCAACGUUAAUGGCAAGCACUGCGACCAGAGCAUCAACUGGCAGGGCUGGUAUCGCCUGUUCCUGGGGAACACCAGUGUUCAGAUGCCAGAGAGGUGUGUGGACAGUUACAUGUGUGGGACGGAGAUCCCCCUGUGGCUCACGGAUCCCCAUCCCCAGCUGUUAGACGGGGUGGUUCAGAGGAGUGUCUGUGGGAGCUGGUAUGGUGACUGCUGCUACUGGAGGCAAAAUCCCAUCCAUGUCAAAGCCUGCUAUGGAAACUACUAUGUCUACAAGUUGGUUCCUGCAACACUAUGCAACUUGGCCUACUGUGCAGACGUCAACACCAAGGUGUGUUCUACCUGUAGAGAUGAUGACACCUGUAUGAGUGAGGAUAAGAUCACCUGGAGGUGUGAGAGGAAAGUCACCCUCUUCUCAUUUUACUCUCUCAAAGAUUCCUGGAUCCCCCACCGCAACUCCUGUACCUGGAACCAUCACCACAACUCCAGUACCUGGAACCAUCCCCGCAACUCCUGUACCUGGAACCAUCACCACAACUCCUGUACCUGGAACCAUCACCACAACUCCUAUACCUGGAACCACCACCACAACUCCUGUACCUGGAACAAUCACCAAAACUCCUGUACCUGGAACCGCAACCGCAACUCCAGUACCUGGAACCACCACCACAACUCAU